CUCUCUCUCUCUCACUCACUCGCUCUUCCUUUGAUUAUCAUUUUCUCCCACUAUUAUCAUCAUUAUUAUCCUCCUAUUUUCCUCUUUAUCGUCUUCAAGUCCCAGAAAACAUUCACUUUGUUUACGACGAAAGACCAACAUCAACAAUUUAUUAGUUCAACUAUUGCGAUCGCUUUUCCCCCAACAAUUAAUAUUACAAAUCAUUAAAUUGUUUGUAUUAUCAACAGUUUAUUGUUGUUAUUGUUGUUGUUUCAUUUAAAGUGCCCCAAGGAUAAUUAACGAUAAUUAAUCAAAUGAGCUCAAACUAUUGAUCAGUUAAACAUUUGAUUAUUAUCCAUUGUGUUAUUUUAAAUAUGGAAACUUUUUUGUCCACAAUCAAAUCAAUUAGGUUGUAAUUAAAUCAAUCAAAGGACAAACUUAAGUGAUUCUAAUUACAUCUUUAAAUUGCUCUAAAAUCAACUUAAAUUACAAAAUUGUCAUUUGAUCGUUUGAUUUGAUUGAGAUUCUCAUAUAUACUAUUAAUAUAUUGAUCAACUUUAAUCAUAAUCAUUAUCUGAUCUACUGUCUAAUUUGUCUGUCUAUUGUUUUAAUUGUAUGUGUUGUCUGUUGAUUGUUGAAGGAUAACUCCAAACAAUACAAAUCGUUAUUUGAAAAUCAAUCAAUCAAUUACAAUAAGUUUUACUCUUUCAUCAUGUUAAUCUUAUUGCUAUCAGUUAAAUUGUUAAGCAAAAUUUCAUCACCACAAUUAAUAACAACAACAACAACAACAACAGCAACAAUUAAGAGGACAGUUAAUUUUUCCAACCAAUUGGAAUCCAAAUUGUGAUAUUGUUUUAAUCAUCAAACAUAAUCAUUUGACAAUUAAUUGUUUACUCCAAUCUAAACUUAAUCACCUUCAACUUUAAUCGUUACCACCAAAGUGAUUGUUUCAUUAUCACUGUGAUAGUAAAUUCAACUACCUCAUCAUAAUCAUAAUCAUAAUCAUCUUCACUGUUGUUAAUUGGAGGGAAGAUCAAUUAUCUCAAACUAAUUAAGACUUUUCAAAAUUCAAUGAAUCAACUUUUAUCUUCCUUUUCCCAUUCACCUUUAUCUUCAUCAUCAUUUUCCAUUCAUCUCAUUGAACAUAUUAUUCGCCAUCAAAUACUAACACUUACUAUUCCUCGAGGGUUCCAGUCUCAUCAAGGAAGUGCGUAAUGUUAAGAUGCCGGGGGGACGAAGAGGGCUCGUCGCACCUCAGAAUACAUUCCUCGAGAAUAUUAUUCGGAGAUAUAAUUCACUUCCUGAUUGCAGUUUCCUUUUGGCAAAUGCUCAGAUCGUCGAUUAUCCGAUUGUCUAUUGUUCUGAAACUUUCUGCAAAAUUUCAGGCUACAAUCGGGCUGAAGUUAUGCAGAAAAGUUGCCGAUGUACCUUCAUGUACGGUGAGAUGACAGAUAAAGCGACCAUAUCCAAGAUUGAGAAUGCACUGGACAAUCAUUCAAUGGAACAAUUUGAGAUACUUCUUUAUAAGAAAAAUCGUACACCAUUAUGGCUUCUAUUGCACAUUGCUCCAAUUAAGAAUGAGAAAGACGUUGUGGUACUAUUUUUGCUCACAUUUCGAGAUAUAACCGCACUAAAACAGCCGAUUGAAGAUGAUGCCAGUAAAGGACUUAGCAAAUUUGCUAGGCUUGCACGAUCAGUUACUCGAAGUCGAUCUGUUUUGGCGCAACAAUUUUCAUCCCAUAUUCCAAUUAUUAAAGCUGAACCUUCCAAACAAUCGAGCUUGGGUCAUUUGAUGACCUUAAACUCGGAUGUUCUUCCCCAAUACCGUCAAGAAGCACCAAAAACUCCUCCACACAUUUUACUUCACUAUUGUGCUUUCAAAGCAAUUUGGGAUUGGAUAAUUCUUUGCUUGACCUUUUACACUGCCAUUAUGGUACCAUUUAAUGUUGCAUUCAAGAAUAAAACAUCGGACGAUGUUAGCCUACUUGUCCUUGACAGUAUUGUUGAUGUCAUAUUUUUUAUUGACAUUGUGCUCAAUUUUCAUACAACAUUUGUCGGACCGGGAGGUGAGGUCGUUUCAGAUCCUAAAAUAAUCCGUAUGAACUAUCUCAAGAGUUGGUUCAUAAUUGACCUUUUAUCGUGCCUACCUUAUGAUAUUUUCAAUGCCUUUGAUGAUGUUGAAGAACAAGGAAUAGGAAGUCUUUUCAGUGCUCUUAAAGUGGUUCGACUCCUUCGUCUUGGUCGGGUUGUCCGUAAAUUGGAUCGUUACCUCGAGUAUGGAGCCGCGAUGCUCAUUUUACUUCUGUGUUUUUAUAUGUUGGUUGCCCACUGGUUGGCCUGUAUUUGGUACAGUAUCGGUCGAUCGGAUGCCGAAAAUGGUUAUGUCUAUGGUUGGCUUUGGAAACUUGGAAAUAUCACCAAGCAACCAUUUAAUUUCACUGUGACCGAUACCACAAGUAUAACCAUGAGACCUGAACUUACUGGUGGCCCACAAAGGGGCACCAUGUAUGUUACCGCCUUAUAUUUUACCAUGACUUGUAUGACAAGCGUUGGAUUUGGUAACGUUGCCCCAGAAACGGAUAAUGAAAAAGUUUUCACAAUUUGUAUGAUGAUCAUUGGAGCCUUACUUUAUGCAACUAUCUUUGGUCAUGUAACGACAAUUAUACAACAAAUGACCUCAGCAACUGCCCGUUAUCAUGAUAUGCUGAACAAUGUCCGGGAAUUUAUGAAACUUCAUGAAGUGCCCAAAGCCCUAAGUGAAAGGGUAAUGGAUUAUGUUGUCUCAACUUGGGCCAUGUCAAAGGGUAUUGAUACCAAGAAGGUAUUAAGCUAUUGUCCUAAAGAUAUGACAGCCGAUAUUUGUGUCCACCUUAAUCGAAAGGUAUUCAAUGAACAUCCCGCUUUCAGAUUAGCUUCUGAUGGUUGCCUUAGGGCAUUGGCAAUGUACUUUUCAAUGGAUCACUCGGCUCCUGGUGAUUUACUUUACCAUUCAGGUGAAUCAAUUGAUACUCUUUGUUUUGUUGUAUCGGGCUCUCUUGAGGUGAUACAAGAUGAUGAAGUGGUCGCCAUAUUGGGUAAAGGUGAUGUGUUUGGUGAUGCUUUUUGGAAAGAGCCAACAAUUGGUCAAUCUUGUGCCAAUGUCCGAGCUUUAACUUAUUGUGAUUUACACGCAAUUAAACGAGACAAAUUACUCGAAGUGCUCAACUUUUAUCAUUCAUUUGCAAACUCAUUUGCUCGCAAUUUAAUGUUAACAUAUAAUUUAAGACAUCGGUUGAUUUUCCGUAAAGUGGCCGAUGUUAAACGUGAAAUGGAGCUUGCCGAGCGUCGUAAACACGACCCACAACCUGAUCUUGCUCAAGAUCAUUUAGUUCGUAAAAUAUUUUCCAAAUUUCGAAAACCUUCCGAUACAAGUUCAGUUCCAAUGUUUUCCCGACCUUCAUCAAGUAAUCCAGUUACUCUUCCCAAUACUGCAAACUCCUUGGGCUCAAAUGAUCCAGAGAAAGGUUUUCCACCAAGUGGAGUGGGAAGUUUAUCGGAAAAGACUGGAGGUGGAACUGGUAGUGCAAGUACAACCGGUGCGAUUUUCGGUGGUUCUGUCGGUGGUAUUGGCAGUAGUAUUGGUGGCCGUGAGUUAGGAAGUCUUCAUUCAGAGAUUAGCAAUAAGACAAUAGGUGAUAAUAUGCCCGAUUCAAGAGGAUCAUCAGCUGCAUCUAAGGCUUCCCGAUGGGCAGCGGCUUUGGCGAACGCUGCAACUAAUAAUAAUAACUCAAUUAACACUGCUCUUGGUGCUCUGGAUAAAGAGUAUGAUGAUAACAAUAUGGGUGGACGUCGAACUGAACUGGUCUGUAAGAAAUCUGAACAUAUUCACGUGGUCAAAGAUAUACGUCCACCUACACAGGGUAAUAAAUGGCCUCGAAUACCAACCUCUUCUGGUCGACCUGAAACCAUUGAAGAAGGAAGAGAACCUGAAACAACGGGUCCACUUACGGGAACAACAAUGGCCGCCACGGGAACUGAGGGCGGUAAAGGUGUUGGUAGUGGAGGUGGAGGAGGUGAUACCAAGAUUGUCCUUCACCCGAAGAGUAUCAAUAAUGUUGACUAUCAGCAAAUUGUUGCAUCACUUAUCGAUAUGAGAGUUGAUCUUAAACUGGAAAUUCAAAAAUUAUCCUCACGAGUUAAUAAAAUUGAUGAUCAUCUAUCUGAAUUAAGUGAAAAAGUCUCCUCCCUGUCCUCUGCUUAUCAAAGCAAUUCGGCCUCACCCAAUCCGUUAACAGCCAAUCAACCAGAAUUCAUGCUCUCCCCUGUUCCAAUUAAUGGAGGUAAAGGUAAAUCAGCUGAUGAGAGUAAAGGAAGUGGAGUAAAGAAAAGUCAAAGCGAUAAAGGAAUUGGCUUAAGUAGAGGUAAAGAUUCUGGUCAAGGUAAAAGUUCAAGGUCAUUGAAAUCAUCUUUUCUAAAUAAAGUCAGUGGUGGACCUAGAAGUCCAUCACCAAGUCCACUAACACCACUUUCCACCAAAGGAAACAGUUCCAUAAUCGGAAGUGGAACCACAACAACCUUUUUCGGACCAGGAACUGGACCUUCUCAUGAGCCGGUCACAAGUUCACCUCUUCCCACCGCGACAACUCCCAUUCCCACCUCAACCAUAAUUCAACCUCAAGGUUCACAAUUAAAUCAAUCACAAGUUAAAUCAUCUAUAUCUUCAUUCACAAUUAGUGGUGGUGGUAAAGUAGAUGAAGUGAGAGCCAUGAUGGAAUCAGAAAUUGCUGAACAAGAUGCUGGUGCAACUGAUGAAGAUCCUGAUUUAACAUCUAAAUUAUGAUUGGGAAUAAAUGUUAAUCUAAACAAUUAACAUAAGAUUGACAAUCCAUCCAAAGAAAAAGCGUAAAAAAAUCAACUACCCUUCAAUUGUAUUAUAAUUAAAUCAAUCAACCAAUUGAGAUGGAUAAUUGUAACUAAUUGAUAUUAUAUUACAAAAAAAAAAUAAUCGGAUCAAAUUGUUAUAAUUGUAAAAAAGAGCAAAUUUUACCACUGAUCAUCACAAUUAACUACUAUGCCUGUUACAAUCAAUUAUCAUUGGAAAUUGAUCUCAUCAUCAACAUACAAGUUAUUAUCAUCAAUCUAACUCCCGAUCUUAAUUAAGUUUUACUUUUUUUAAUAGUAAUUAACUUUUUCCAUUCCAAUCAACUUUAUUUCUCUCAAUUGAUUAUGAGAAUUAAAUUAACUCGAAGGAAGAAAAAACAAUUUAUGAGUAAAAGGACCAAGGAUCAUAUUCAGAUCAUUUUCAUAGUCAGAACUUUUUUUUGCUUCUCCAUUAAGAUGAUGAUAAUCACCAUGAAACUGAUCAUCAUCUUAAUCUUCAUCAUCAUCAUUUAUCAUCCUUAUAAUCAUCUCUUCCCUAAAUCAGGUUGACCUGGCUCACCCUAAUUGCCUAAAAUCAAAAUGCAAACAACAAUUGGCCAACAAUUAAAAUAACAAAUAGUUAAUUGUUCAUCUCUUUGUAUUAAUAUUUACCCAACAGAUUAUGGACAGAGAUACAAUUAACACUCAACAAACAACAAUAACAACAACAAUUAAACAAUUAAACAACCGUAUUAAUAAAUGUACAUGAACAUUGAAUCAAAA